AUGAUCACAAGCAACAAAACUGACAGUCACAAGAUCGAUAGUCACAAGACCGACAGUCACAAGACCGACAGUCACAAGACCUACCGUCACAAGACCGACCGUCACAAGACCGACAGUCACAAGACUGACAGUCACAAGAUAGAUAGUUACAAGACCGACAGUCACAAGACCGACAGUCACAAGAUCGAUAGUUACAAGACCGACAGUCACAAGACCGACAGUCACAAGACCGACAGUCACAAGACCGACAGUCACAAGACCGACCGUCACAAGACCGACAGUCACAAGACUGACAGUCACAAGAUAGAUAGUUACAAGACCGACAGUCACAAGACCGACAGUCACAAGAUCGAUAGUUACAAGACCGACAGCCACAAGACCGACAGUCACAAGAUAAAUAGUCACAAGACCGACAGUCACAAGAUCGAUAGUCACAAGACCGACAGUCGCAAGAUCGACAGUCACAAGACCGACAGUCACAAGACCGACAGUCGCAAGAUCGACAGUCACAAGAUCGGCAGUCACAAGACUGACAGUCACAAGACUGACAAUCACAAGACUGACAGUCUCAAGACUGACAAACAUAAGACUGACAGUCACAAGACUGACAAACACAAGACUGACAGUCACAAGACUGACAAACACAAGACUGACAAACAUAAGACUGACAGUCACAAGACUGAUACUCCCACAUUCCUGUACGACACUUUCCACAUAGCAUCCCGGCAACGUAUAUACCUCCGCAGUAAACCAAUUUAUUCAUGUAUAUCCUUCCCUCCUCACAUGAUAUACUCAGACAUUAACAUGGAGUAUAUUAGCUAA